GAGGUAACUUGAGUUGACAAAGUCAGUGUUUCUAGAUUUAUUCCUUCCCUUUUAUAAUACGAGUAUAACAAACAAAUUAUUUAAACUUGAAAUCAUAUACACACCAAGUACCAGAAAUAUGUAUCACAAUUAUUAUGUGCAGUUAAUGGUAGUAAUAUCACUAUGUGUGGUGCCAUCGAUCUAUUGCCAUGAAAAAGAGACAAUAAUAAAAGUAGAAGAUGGGAAAGUGUUGGAGCUGACUGAAUCCAAUUUCGAUGCAGCUAUUUCUUCUUUUGAUUUCAUUUUUGUUGAUUUCUAUGCACCAUGGUGUGGUCACUGCAAACGUCUUUCACCUGAGUUAGAUAAAGCUGCUCCUAUGCUUUCGGGAUUGAAGAAGCCUGUUGUGAUUGCAAAAAUAGACGCGGACAAGUAUUCGCGUAUUGCCUCAAAAUAUGAAAUUGAUGGGUUUCCCACCUUAAAAAUCUUCAUGCAUGGAGUUCCCACUGAUUAUCGUGGUCCAAGAAAGGCAGAAUUAUUAGUUCGGUACCUUAGGAAGUUUGUCGCCCCUGAUGUUACAGUUAUCGAAUCUGAUUCUGGUAUUACUGAGUUUGUUGAAGCAGCUGGGACAUCUUUUCCUAUAUUCAUAGGAUUUGGUUUGGAUGAGUCAGCAAUAGCAAAGUUGGCCAUAAAGUUCAAGAAAAAUGCAUGGUUUUCUGUGGCCAAAGAUAUUUCAGAAAAAACCAUGGCUUUGUAUGAUUUUGAGAAGGUCCCUGCUUUGUUAGCCCUUCAUCCAAACUUCAAUGAACAGAACAUCUUUUAUGGUCCUUUUGAAGAUAACUUUGUGGAAGAGUUUAUUCAACAAAGUUUGUUGCCGUUGACCUUGCCAAUCACCGGAGAAAGCCUGAAGCUUUUGAAAGAUGAUGAAAGAAAAGUUGUGCUGACAAUUGUGGAGGAUGAGACAGACUAUGAUUCGAUAGAAUUAAUUAAGUUGCUACGGGCUGCUGCAUCUGCAAACCGUGAUUAUGUUUUUGCUUAUGUGGGUUAUAACCAAUGGAAAGAUUUUGCUGAGGCUUUUGAAGUUGGUAGGAAAACUUUACUGCCGAAGAUGGUUGUUUGGGAUGGAAAUGAAAUAUUUUAUUCGGUUAUCGGAUCAGAGAACAUUGACAAUGAGGAUAAGGGAUCCCAAAUUACACUAUUUCUUGAAAGAUACAAAGAGGGAAAAGUUAUAGAGAAGUCGCUAGGGCCUUCAUUUUUGGGAUAUAUCGGUUCACUUCUUGGCAUGAGAACUGUCUACAUCCUUAUCUUCUUGGCUGCUGUCGUGUUUCUUAUAGCAACUGUUGGAAAAGAAGAACCACUAGUUGUUGGUACUCGAGACCCUUCUGAUGCUGCAAGUCAUCCACGCUCCAUCGCUGAUAAUAGAGAAACAGCUGACAAAGAGGAUUAGGAGACUUUACAUACGAACACAUGUUGCAUAGGUAUGGAUUGUUCCAGAAGCUGUAUGGUUUUGGUUGUUCAUUGUUAUUGUUGAGUAUCCCUCAUAUUUUAUUUGAACCACUGUUCUUAGAAUUAUGUUGUUUAUUCCUCUUAAUUUAUCAAAACUAGAAGCAGUUCAAGUCGAA